UUGUCCCAGAGCUUCUCCGGAAGUUUAUGAAUGUUAGAAAGCUAUGCGCCUGGGCUGGAACCGGUUGGAACGUGCUGUUCAAUCUUCGUAAAAAGUCGAAGAAAACACUUUAUAUCGCAAAGAAAAGUUGUUCUGCGCGUUGUACAAUGUCAGUAAGAGGAAGAUAUCGAGAUUAAGUAUGAAGCGACUAAGCGGCCAGUUUCAGAUUGUGGUCUUGUUAUGGGUCAUCUACUUCGCCGCUGCGACACUUCAUCUUGGAGAACUAAAAGAAAAUCUUCGACUGAAUCGGACAGUUCGAGGCAUUUCUUGCAAAGCAGGAGCGUAUGCACACGAUGGCCUUUGUUGUCUAAAAUGUCCACCAGGCACUUACGUGAAGGAACAUUGCUCUGGAACAUUAGAAGAAGGGACUUGUGAAGCAUGUGAUUACGAUACGUACACUGAACACGAGAAUGGACUAACGCAGUGUUUAUCAUGCACCAAGUGUCCCCCGGAUCAAGUGCCUACAAAAACGUGCUCCCGCACCAGUGACACGGAGUGCCAGUGUAGAGAGGGCACCUUCUGUCUUCCUGACCAUGCCUGCGAAGUGUGCAAGAAAUGUUCAAAAUGUAAAGAGGAUGAGUUUGAGAAGAAGCGCUGUACCUCCACCUCUAACACCAUCUGUGAUAAGAAAGCCAAAGUCAACACCACAGAUGAACAGAAAACGGUUUUGGAGGGAUUUUUUGGUGCAGUGAUUAUUGCCGUCUGCGUUGUGCUACCGUUGCUGGUGAUUGCAGGCAUAGCCAUUUAUGUUUUGAGGAGGAAAUGGCCACAAAAAUUGAGAGAUGCAAUUGGACGAAAACAUGCUUCCCAUGGAAAGUCGGUGCCGAGUGAGACGGGCGAGGAGAGUUUUUCAGCCAUGAGGGAGCCAGAGCACAGGCCCCUGAAGCAGCUGGUGGGUUCGGCCACCUCCCCCGAAGACGAGGACACGGGCCUGGGGGACAGCCUCCCAAACACGGCCAGCUCCUCGCAAGCCAGCUUGUCCGCGCUGCCGCCUACGCUGCCACCAGCCCCGCUGCCUUGCGUAGUGCCGCCCACCCAAGCCCAGCCCCAACCCCCCAUCGCCUGCACCAACGGCAACUGGAGUUACAACAGCGGUGGCGCCUGUAACAGCAGCAGCAACAGCAGCUCCCUCUCCCCCAACCCGCUGAUACAGCCUCUCAUUCGGAUUGUGGAACACAAUGGCAUUCCGAGGCUAGUUCCGACUAAUGGAGACGAAUCACUGCGGAAAAGUUUUGACCUUUUCGAUGAAGUCGACGUGCUCUUCCACAAGAGGUUCUUCCGGCACAUAGGACUCGGUGACAACGACAUAAGAAGCACGGAGACGGUUUGCCCAGACGACAAGAUGUACACACUCCUGCGGAUGUGGAGGGAGAGGCAAGGAAUGAAAGCCAGUAUUAAUGACCUCAUCGAUGCUUUACUUCACCUGGACCAAAGGCUGUCGGCAGAGAACAUCAUAGCGAAGGCAGUGGAGUUUGGCCUGUAUAAAUAUGAGGAGGCUUGCUGAUCACUGGUCGGAGCCUUGCAGACUGAUGUUACAUGGCUUUUUUUGUAUAUUUCUUUGGAUACUAACUGGUAAAUAUUUAAGUAUUGUCCUAUAUCAUGUCUUUCCGUUUGCACUGGCAAUUUGUUUUUAACCAUACAUGUGUAGGAUUUGUGUAGGUGCAUUAUGUUUACCAUCAAAAUGGAGCAUGAAGUCCGGCUGUGAAUUUAUUUUAAUGUACAAAUUGUUUAACGUAUGCCCACACAUGAGGUUCUGUACGAUUUGCUUUAUUUAUUUUGGAAAAAUUAUGGAGAAAUACUAUCAGAAUAUUUAGUGAUGACCUUCAUUGGGAAGGUCACCAAUAUUUAAUAUCAAAAAAUUAAUUACACUUAAAAAAUCUACAAAAAGGAAAAACCUACAAUGAAAUUGCACCAAAACCUUGUGGAUAAUAAAGACACCAAAAGUCUUGACAUAAGUCCGUUACCUGUUGCUUCCAAAGCUAAUAUCAACGUUAAACUUGUAUUUUUUUCGCACACCUCAGUUGGUAGGUGCGUCGGAGAUGGUCCAUGGGUCAUUCAGCAGACAAUUUGAAAAAAAAAAAAAAAACCUUCCUGCACACUGACCAUUUCGCUGGUUUCUUAAUUACGCGAAACAGCGAAAUGGUCACUGUGCGGGAGUUUUUUCAAAUUGAAAGCUAAUGCCAACCCGACUGGAGCAAGUCCCGAGUAAGAUAAUCCUACUGACGCCUCAAGUCAUUUUUACACAACUCAGACCUCUGCUCUGUAAAACAAAUGAAGAGAAUGCAGUGUAGAUAUGUAGCCCACUCAGUUUAAGCUCUUUCAACACCACCACUAUGCCAUGCAAAUCCAAUUUUAGGCCUCGUCACUGAUGUAGGGCAAUUUGAGCAAACUUAGGCGCAGGUCUGCCUGAACUGCUGGCCCUGCGUGGUCACGGCUAAUAACAACUUUUAAAUUAAUGCAUUUAUUAGUCCGGAGCAUGUGCCUUUUUGUUUUGAGCAUACAUGUCUCCUUUUGUGAUGUUGGAAAGAAAUAUGUGUCUUUUGUUAUGAAGUAUGUGUUCGUGGCAUCAUCCGUUGAAAAGCGGAGAUCCAGUCUUGCUUUCAUAUGUACAGCACAGUAAAACGUACAUAGUUUCUAGUGUCCUGAGAGAAAGAAAAAAGCUAGAUGUGUUGUACUAAAGUAAGGUAAUCAGUCAUGAAAUGUAUGUUUAACUUUCAGAGCUCUUUAUGAACAUUUCCAAACAAGACUAAUACAAAGUACUUUUUUUAUUUGUUGAGGUUAUAUGACCAGGUUAUUGUUAGACAAAUCAAAAUUGCAUUUCCAGUGCACUCUGAAAAGAACUAUUAGUUGUCAGUGACUUUUGAAUGUCAGCCAUGUGUAGAGUGUAUCACUAGUGAUGAAGAAACUACUAAGGUCAUUUUUAUAUGGUGAUUUUUGUUUUGGACUGCCCUUCAAAGUUAGAUUUGAACUUUUUUCCUCAAUAUUUCUUGUCGCUGUACUUUCUGUUGUAAGAAAAGAGCAACAAAGAGGUAUGUUUUUUUUUGUUUUUGUUUUUUUGUAUCAGUGAUUUGUUAUCUCAGGAUUUACUUAUUGCGUCUCACCCAUUGAAGUUGUCACACUGAGAUUAAAACUUUUUUUUUUCCUGUGAUAGGUUUUUGUUCUUUUGAUAAAUUUAAUAAAAAUGAAUCACACGA